UUGAAAUUAUAAAUUUAUUUAUUAAAUGAAUAAUCUCAUUUACAUUAAUUUCUUACUAAACCAUUCAGUUCAAGGGUGUGCGCCAUAGUUCUCACACUAGUUCUUAUUUCUUAGUGAGAGUCAAAAGCAACUUUUCCAGGAAUCAAAGUCCCCUUUUUUCUUUUAAUUUUAUGUAAGAAGUAUAUCUUUAGCCCUGUCUUGUCCAAUAAUUUCCAAGCAAUGUUGCUCUGUUACAGAACCAAAUCAAACCAACCAUGAACGCGUCUAGCUGCCAUAGAAGACUUAGAAAAAAAGUGAAACAAGGAUUCCUUUGCUCUCCAAUGCCCUAAUGUCUCAUUAGUUUCCAAUUCCACCACCACUCACUUAACUACCCUUACUAGAUUUACAGUUUCUGCUCUUAACCAGACAAGCAAGCCCAGAAAUUCCAUGAAAAUGAGUGCAGAGAUACUUGCCCUUACUGGAGGUGCACUAGGUACAAUUGUUUUAUUAUUUCUUAUCUGCUUCACAGUUUUCUUUUAUUGUAAAAGGAAAAGACACAGUGAAGAGAACAUGAAUCCCGUGCCGGAAGGAAUUUGCCGCCGUUUUACAGCUGAAGAGAUAAGAAACGCCACCAACAACUUCGACAGAGAUCUUCUAAUCGGAGAUGGAGGAUUUGGUAGAGUAUUCAAAGGUUACUUGGACAGUGAAAAAACCACACCAGUAGCUAUUAAAGCUCUUAAACCUAACUCAAGCCAAGGAUCUAAAGAGUUCUGGACAGAGAUUGAGAUGCUUUCGAAGCUCCGUCAUCCUCAUCUUGUGUCUCUGAUCGGUUACUGCAAUGAUCAACGGCUCAUGGUCCUCGUUUACGAGUACAUGGCCCACGGAACCCUCCGUGCUCAUCUUUAUCAUACUCAUAAUCCUCCGCUCCCAUGGAAACAAAGGCUAGAGAUUUGCAUUGCAGCUGCUCGUGGAAUAAAAUAUCUUCAUGCAGGUGCGGAGCAUAGUGUCAUAAUCCAUCGUGAUAUCAAAAGCACUAACAUUUUACUUGAUGAAAAUUGGGUCCCAAAAGUUUCUGAUUUUGGACUGUCGAGAUUGGGCCCUACAAGCUUAUCUAUGAGCCACGUAACCACCGAUGUAAAGGGUACAUUUGGGUAUUUAGAUCCUUCUUACUAUUUCACUAACCACUUGAGUGUAAAAUCUGAUGUGUUUAGCUUUGGAGUAUUACUAUUUGAAGUACUAUGUGCUAGACCAGCAGUAGACAUAAGGCUGGAAGAAGAGCAGCAUAGUUUGGUUCUGUGGGCCAGACAACAUGUUAAAGAUGGAACGCUUGAUCAAAUUAUUGACCCUAAUCUAACGGGUGAAAUAGCGCCAGCAUGUUUGAAGGUCUAUCAGACGAUUGCAGUCAAGUGUUUGCGCGAGAAUAGAAAUGAAAGACCUACAAUGGCCAAAGUGUUGCAAAAGCUUGAGUUGGCAUUGAAGCUGCAGGAAAAUGCCGAUGCUGCUGCGGAGGAGGGAAUCAUGUUUGAUGGGUGUGAAAGAGAGGAAAUUUCGCUACGUGGAAGCGGUAAUAACAGUGGUUAUUCAGUAAAGUCAUGCCCAGCAUUUUGGCAUAAAAAACCAUUAUCAGAAACGGAAGGUUUGAAGUUUCUAAGUGAUAGGCCAAGAGGUUUUAUUAAGAGACCACCUUCUUUACGUAGGCUUAAAGGUUUAUUUUAUGCAGUAUUUGCAUACAAGUCAUUGCCACGUGAGAAAGAGCAGUCGUUGGAUUCAUCAAGCACGUGUGAGCAUGAUUUGGCUUCAGAGAGUACAUGGAUAGAGAUCAUGGCUCAUCAUCAAGAUCAAUCAUGAGAUAUAUAUAUAUUAAAUUUCUUUUUGUUAGUGGGAACUAAAGAGUAAUGUGUUGAACUAAUUAAAGAUGUUUCGUGUUUCACGCAAAUUAAAGAAGUUUAAAGUUUACAAGGUAAAGCAAAAAAGUUAUUGCUUUUCCUUUUGAUUUUUGGCCUGUCUGCUAGCUUUAUUUAAAACAAAUUAUUAUCAACUUUUCAUGGGAAAAGA